AAUCAAUAUAAACAUUAAAUAUGGAGUCUACAUUUCGAGCUAAAGAUUGUUUUAGACUUCAGAUGAAAUUAUUUCUUUUCCCAUUUUCUUUUAAUAAAUUUGAAUUUAUCAUUAUGCUUCUAUACGCUAUGUUAUUAUGUCUGAAUUUCGGAUUUGCUCACACUAGCAACGAAGUCAUUAUUGAACUUUUUGAGGUCUCGACAAAGCCAAAAAAUCGCUUGAGGUCGAACUUGGAGAAUCCUUACUUGGAGCAAGUUAACACGCUCACAGAAGCACUGAAGGUGACAGGGCGUAAAACUAAUAGCAAAAUUGGACCAGAAAAAAGUAGCAACAUAUUUAAUACACUUGACAGUGGCAGCCAUGAUAAGGAUUGUUUGAUGACAACCUACGACAAUUAUGGAAGAGAUGUUUUUCAACCUGAGACUGAGAAUACGGAGAUGAUAUUUAAAGGAAAAUACAUGACUUUGGGGAGCAAUAUUCACGAUAAUUAUAAAGGAGGUCGCCUUCAUUUGGUUUGUAGAUUUUAAUGAAAUUUAAACUUAGCAUUUAAGUACUAUCAACUUCUUACCUGCUUUGCUAUCUACCAUGGUUGGGGAGAAGGGGACUUAAAAAGUUAAACAUUUAAGUUUAAGGCAUUUAAGGACAAUUUUUGUUGAGAUGUUUUAUUGGAAGAACUAGCUAACUACUAGCUGGACCAGGCCUGCACAACUCAAAAUGUAAGGCGGGCCGUAAUACUUUAUGAAGAACUUGAGCAGGCCGAAAGAUAAUAGGACAGGAGGGAAGGCUAUUAAGAAAAUAAUAAUAAUAAAGAAUAUUUUAUUACUUUGAGGGCCACAAAGUGGGUGCUGGCAGCUGCAUGCGGGCCAUGUGUUGUGCAGGCCUAAGCUAGACCAUUAGCUUCCCCUUUUCAAACUGAAAUAGUAUUUAAAAAUCUUGAUUUUAAAUUGUUCUUGCACUGCUGACUAUGUCUCAAAAUUAUUUGUUAGCAUUAUUGACUAUUGUUUAACUACUUAAACAGCAACCUAUUUACUUUUGUGAGUGAGGAGCCAUUUUUAUGAAUAUAUCUGUUUAAAACAUCUGAUAUAAAUGCAGACAGACCGAUUAAUUUAGAAACCAAUGAAUUAUCUUUCUAUAUCUUUUUGUACUGAUUCUGUGGGAAAGGAUUUCUUCUCAUUUUCCUCAUCAUAAGAAUCUCAUUGAACUGUCAGUAGUAUAUGUGAUGUUAAGAAUCAGAUUUAUCUUCCAAAAGUUUUUUCUUUUUUAAAUUUAAUUCCAUUUUUAUGAUUAAAUUCAUCGAGCUUAUGGUAAGUUUAUUUGUGUAAUAUGGGAACUUCCUUUCUUGUUAACUAUUAAAUUGAACUGAGCUUUCCUAGCCAUCGUUUCUCAAAGUUAACCAUAUCUUUUUCUCCUUUGACCUUGUCCCUUGUGGUCAUAGCCUCAUAAUAUAUUUUUAGAAUAGCCUUUUUAAAUAGUUUUUCUAAGUGGAAGUCCAAUUCAAUUGAAUGUUUUUAUGACAAAUAACUCAUCACAUUAGUGCCAUCCUUAACGUUAAAGGAUGGCCUUAGAUAAUUUACUUGUAAUUUAUAUGGGCUGUACUAACAUCAGCUAGAGUUGACAGUUGUGUUUCCUAUUGGGGUGGUUUAAUGACCCAACUUAUAUGCCAUUCUUUCUAAUAAACAGUUGCCAGGCAACUGUGAGGGUAAAGAUGAUGAUAGCGGAUAUGCUAGACUGCCUCAAGACUGGAUUGGAGUGAUCCAUUAUACAUCAAAAACUGAUGGAAAUAAAGGAGACACCAGCAUAUGUGAUGGUCCUUUAGUAAUGGAGAGGGUAAGAUUGUAAUCUAUGGCAGGUGUAAGCAAGCUUUUAAGAAUGGAUUCUGAAAUUUUCAACACUUUUGAUGCAAACAUGGGGGGGGGGAGGGAUGUUAUUAUUUCAAGUCUUUUACCUGCUUGAAAAAAAAUGUUUUUAAAUGAUAAAUGAGGAGUACAAUUAAAGAAAAAUGUAGAAAUAUUAAGAUCGUCUGAAUGUAAAAUAUAGUUUCAGAUGUUCUCUGAAAUUGUACAAGUCAAUGAAGAAGUUAGAUAACAGUACUUAAAUUUUUAUUUUUUUUAAAGGUAAUUCCUAGGUUUUGAAUGCCAGUAAAUUUCACUUCCGAAAAUGCUUUAGAAUGUUAAUGAUGAGUUUUUGAAAACUUUUUAUAAAAGAUUUAUUUUUCCAUGUAUACUAACAUCAUUUUGAAUGCCUCUCAUUUCAGGUUCGCAGGGCUUUGAUGUUUGGGGCUUCAGCCAUAAUUAUACUGACACUGAAUCCAGGAAUAAUAAAAGAAGUUAGUGCAUAUUACAAGUUAUUGUUAGGAGUUUGGCGCUAUGUUAUGGUUUAGAUGGGCAUCAAUUGAUCUUUACCAAAGACUAUUAUAAGAGCCAGCAUUUGAUGUGGGUUUCUUAGGUGAUUUCAGCAAGACCAGCUGUUAAAUAUAUUCAAAUUAACUCAAUCCUACCUGCAGUGCUACUUCUGUACUUAAUUUAUAUUUCUGAUAAAGGGAAGUAACUCCGUUUUGCAAUGGGAAGUAACUUAGUUUUUUAAAUGAUGUAUAUUUCUAAAAUACUUUUUAAACUGUGAAACAAAAUUAAUUUUAACUAAUUCCUCCGGCAGUGCUACUUCCAGGAUUAAUUUAUUUUCCUGAGAAAAGGGAAGUAACUCAGUUUUGAAAUUGAUUUACAUUUUUAAAAUAUUUUUUUAAGUUGCUAAAUAUUAUUUAAUGUUAAUGAAUGAAGAACAAAUGCAACAAAAAAUGAAUAAGGUUUAAUAUAAAUAUAACAUCGGCGGGGAAAAAAUAACGAACUAUGACCAAAAAAUCGUCGGGAUUGAGUUAAUCAAUUUAUGCUAAAUGCAUCCAGAAAAGAAUAAGGUUUAAGUUUAACAAAAAUAUAAUAUUAACAGGGACCAACUAAGAGCAAUGACCAAAAAAUCUAUUCUCGGCACCAAGGAUGAAAACUUGCUAGAUAUCGCCACACUUUACUAAAGCACAAAUAGAUUGAAAGGGAAACAAGAUAAAUUGACAUCACACAGAAUGAUGUCAUCAUGGAAAUCUUGAGGGGUGCAAGAUUUUGUUGCUCUUUUAAAAUAUAAAUGGGAGAGGUGGCUGCUAUGACACAUUUAGUCGCAACUGUGGGGAAUGAGUUAACUUUAGCUUGUCGUUCUUUGACUGGCUUUUGUCUGGGAGUCUUGUCAUAAGAUUUGUAUACCUGUGGUGCUACAGCCCAUGUAAGGCUUUUGCCCGGAUUCUUGGCAUAGAAAAGUGCAGCUGCCUUGUAUAACUUUAUUUUAGAUUGAGUGAUGAAACCUCACCUGGUCUAUACAUUCUUAGACAAUCUGCCAUAGGUUGCACUGAUACCUCACCUGGUCCAUACAUUCUUAGACAAUCUGCCAUAGGUUGCACUGAUACCUCACCUGGUCCAUACAUUCUUAGACAAUCUGCCAUAGGUUGCACUGAUACCUCACCUGGUCCAUACAUUCUUAGACAAUCUGCCAUAGGUUGCACUGAUACCUCACCUGGUCCAUACAUUCUUAGACAAUCUGCCAUAGGUUGCACUGAUACCUCACCUGGUCCAUACAUUCUUAGACAAUCUGCCAUAGGUUGCACUGAUACCUCACCUGGUCCAUACAUUCUUAGACAAUCUGCCAUAGGUUGCACUGGCUCUUGCAAUAUGAAUGUUGACCUUGUCAUCCAUGAUGCGCUUUGAGACAGAGUGCUGACAAUUAGUGAAAAUUAGCAAAAUUAGUGACACUGCACUGGAUAUCCAAUUCUGAUCCCAUGUCCUGGGCGUAAUUGUCAGCAUACAGGAAGUCCCUGAUGAUGUUUGUCAGGACCUUUUGAUUUUGCAUAUAGACUGCUUGAGGUUGAAUAGCUUACCAUCAGUUCGAUAUCUUAGACCAGUUCCAGGGUCUUCCUCUGGGAAGGCAUCAUUUAGCAUGGCGGAAAACAUUAUUUAUUUAUUUAUUUAUUUAGGCAUUUUUAUAUAGCGCUUACCUUAAAGCUCUAAGCGCUUUACAAUUAUUAAAAACAUGUAAACUAACUAAAAUAAAAAUGAGAUUUUAGGAUAGUAACUACUAUACUAUAGAAACAAUUCAAAUGGCUAUAAAACGAGGACACUUUGGCACGUUUUGGCCUAUAUUACAGGAUUAACCCGAGACAGAAAAUGAGGCAGGGCAAGGAGGGUGCAUCACAGGUCAUAGGCGGACCUAAACAGAUGGGUUUUAAGGGACUUUUAUUUUAAAAGUGGACGAGGUUUCACAAUGACGGAUAUGGAAGGGGAGCUGGUUCCAGAACGUGGGCCCAUGGAAGUAGAAGGAGCGUUCACCGAUGGUCUUAGUUUUGGUUCUUGGGAUUGAGAGGGUUCUGUUGUCAAUGGAAGAGCGUAGGCUGAAAAGUAUUAUAAACAAUAUACGAUAUAGUGCUUUCCAAAUUUUAGGAUUGACAUUAAAAUGUUAUUUGUAUUGUUCAGCUUGACUCUGCUCAGAUGUUUGCCAAGCCUGUUGUGUUGGUGGACAACAUAAAGAACAUCACCUGUUUGUUGACAUUAUUGUUAAGGUGAGUUGUAUGGAUUGGUCAUGUUUGCUAAGUCUAAUGAUACUAAAGACCCUUAAAACAAAACUGUUCCUUAUCUGGUAUGCAGUUGAAAGACUAGUCAUCCUUACUUACCAUGGUGCACAAACAAAAGAGACCCUUACCCAGCAUGCAGCUUUUAAUCCUGGUUAUGUAAGCGGCGUCAAAACGAAUCUUCUACUUGACGUCUUGCUUGGAUUAUGCUCCUUCCCCUGCACCACCACGUUCAGAUGGUAGUAGCUCUUAUCAUCUGUAUUUAGAUAUUCUCACCUUAAUCCUUAGAAUCUAAAACAAAAUCCAUUUGCCAGUUUCAAAGAUGAGCAAUUAAACUAGUUGUGGGUGCAUCUUCCUCUUUGAAAUGUAUCUGCACACUGGACAUAAUAUAUUGACUGGAAGUUUCAGGUAGAGUGUUUCUAUAAGAGUAAUAAAUAACCCAUUAUUUGGUUUCUGAAAAUAUGAAGCAUGAGCCUUUGCCACUGCCUGGAAGCAUAAAAGCAUUCUAACAUAAAUUCUUUAUAUAAUACAGCCAAGUGAGAAAGUUUGAUGCAAAAAUCACAAGCACAUCCAACGGGAAGAAUCUAGUGCCUGUAAGUUAUCUGAAUGUAUCACCUGCUUUUGUCCUAUCAUUUUCUGAUUACAAGUAUCAAAUACAUAGGCUCAAACAGUUUUGCAACUCUUAAAAUCAGGGCUACAGGGGGAGGGAGAUCUACCAUAAGGUUUAAAAUUGUGGACUACAAUUUUUCAAUUACAAUCAGGGGUUAAAAUUGUGGGCAGAAUUGUGGGUUACAAUUAAAGCUUAAAAUUUAGGAGCUUCCAUAGUGGGUUACAAUCAGAGGAUAAAAUCUGGAAUCUACAAUUGGAUGGUACAAUAAGGAGGACAUAUAAAGUGUACAAUCCAGAGCUUUAUUCUGGAGUUAAAAAACGUAUUUCAUUAUGAACUUGCCUGGAAUGUGGAUCAGGAAAUUAGAAACUUAAUGUACAUUAUUAUCUGAGAUUGUCUCCUAUUACAAUUCAAAUCCUUUGAAGGACAAUUAUAAACGACUCUGAAAAUUAGGACUCAGUAAAUUGAGUUACAACAUUGAUGUCUCAUUAUGUUUCUUGAUACUUGCAUUGAUAUGAAAUUUAAUGUGUAAACUCUUGACAUUGCAAAGCACAUGGCAAAGCUUUGAGUCCAGCGCAUUUUUUCAAUUGAUAAUUAUAAUCACCUGGUUCUGAUCUGCAAAAGCUAGAGUCUAGUGUUUAUUAUGUUUCAAACAAAAAAUUUAAGAGGAAAUUAAACAACCCUGUAAAAAUAUGGGUUUUAUAACUCCUUAAUAAAAUGUAAUAUUGAGCAAAUAUUUUGGGGGGGGGGGGGGGGGCUGAAAUUUGACAAACAUGCAUUCAAGUAAAGCACUUUAAAAGAAUCCCAAUUAAUGCUUGAUAGGUUGAUGGGAAGUGGGUCAUUUAGCUGUCUGAAGAUUUUUUCCAGCCACCCACUUACAAAAGUGAAGUUAAUAUAAAGGAUUUAAGAAAAAAAACGAAGAAAAAAUAAUUUAAUUGGUCAUUUUAGAAAAAUUGUAAUUUGCUAAGUUGUAGAAAUCAUUGAUUAAAAAAAGAUAGGUCAGAAAUCACAAAUCAGUUAAAGCCUCAUUUUUUAAAAAUCAUUGUAAAUAUUUUUAAGUGACCUGUUUGACAUUGAUUUCCUGACACUGUCAUUUUUCAUAAAUGGCAGUUGGGACCCAAAGCUGCCAAUUAAUAUUUCUUCUGAUUUUGGCAACAAUCCCUUAAUUUGAAUUAAAAUUCCUCCAUAGAAAGUUCCGACUUUUACAAUGUGGUCCACUUGUUACAAAGCUCCAGGAGGCCGCGGAGUGAUUUGUGUUGGGCAGCAGGAUAUGUCAGAGCAAGGGAAGGUGAGGUUAUAUUUAUGGAUCUUGCUUUUAGUUCUGUCUCCAAUGAGUAGUGCUCUUGGCAACAAUAGAAUUUCAUCAUUUCUCUAUCAAUUGUCUCCUUUAUAGCAUGUAUCAUAUUUUAGAAUUGUGUCAUUUUUCAUAGAUCCGAUGCUGACAGAAUUUUGUGUUCAAAAGUGUUAGCAUUAAAAAUUCAAAAAUAAAUAUUAUUAUUUCUGUUAGUUUUAACUUCAUUUGAACAGUACCUUAGAUGUAUUACACUGCAAGUAGCAUUAUCAAGGGACUGAGGAGAAGCUUACAUAUCCUAGUAAUUUGCUACCUGUUCAAAAAUUUUAGAUCAACCUGCAAUUUUAUAUUAACAGUUCUUUAGCCCAUCACCUUAUUGAAUAUUUUAAGGCUGACCCUAAUCAACUUUGGGAAUGCUUCUAUGCCUGCAUUUUGCUGUUGGUCAUACUGGCAGGCCUCAAAACACGACUGUCUGAUGGAGGCUGGGGCUUUGGGGAUCAGGAUGCGCUGAGAAUGGCCGGUCAUGAGGUGGGUAAACAUCAAUCAGUGCGAUAGCUGGCAGCACCUGUUUAACCUCGAAGCUCGGGUGGAGACAAAAAUUAUUUGUUAAAAUGCAAACAUAGUAAACACACUGGUACCAUAAAAUCUGACAAAGAGACUCAAUCAUUUAAAUGGAACAUGGGCUCAUUUGUUGUUUGCAUCCAUGUGAAGGGAAAUAGCCCUCUUCAGGAUAAUGUGAAACGUUUUUAAACGUAUAAUCAUUUCAACAUUAGAUAUUUUGAUUGGGCAGAAGUAAUUUUUAACUUGACAGUAUUAAUUUUUAACUUGACAGAAUUAAUUUUUAUGACGUACGUGCCCAAAGGUUGCUUGGAAUUAUGGGGUGACAAUCAUUUUAUAUAUAAAAUACCAUAAUCAUUUUAUAUUGUUUUUUUAUUAUUUGUUUGUAUCAAUAAACUAUGAACACAACUUAACAUCUUGAAAACAUGAAUCAGUAUUGCAACAAAAAAUAAAAUAGGAAAAAAGGUUGAUUGUUACACCAGAACCAUGAUCAUCAGAAGAUAAAAGAAAGAAAAUGGAAAAGCAAGGUAGCCAAAUAUUUUUUUAAAAUUAAAAAUGAAGAUUACAAAAUAUAUGGAGUUACAUAUGUGGUCAUCAGCUAGAUGUUGUAAUUAUGUUUUCUUUGAAGUUAUACAAGAAAUAAUGUACUUAUACAUUGUACUGUAUGUGUUUGUGCUCAACUUUCUCUUCUUUUGCUUCUGUAUAAUUGUAAAAUUGAAAUGCCAUUUAGAUUUCUUAUCUUAACUGAAAAAAGCCUUUUGGCCAAACAUUUUACACAAAAUUGCAUCAAUGCAAAAGCCGGUGAUAUCCAGUCAAUGCCGGAUUAAUCUUGCCAACAUUUCUCUAACAGUCAAGCAUGAGAAAAACUGCACAGUACGCACUCUCUCUGAUGAAGACCAUGCGGUACAAGAAGAAAGGGGAAACCAUCCACACUGACACUUGCGCCAUAUGUCUUGAUGAGUUCUUAUAUAAACAGGUUUGUAGGCUGCCAUUUGAAUGCAGCACAAAGUUCUGAUGAAAACUACAGGAAUAGUUCAAAGACAGCUUCCAAGGUUUAAACAAAUUUUUAAUAAGUUUUGAAAACUGGUAUAACUUUAGAUUUCAAGUGAUUCAUUAAAAUGUGUCUCUGGCUUUUUCUGUAUAUUUUUAAUUUAAAUGGUUCCUGCAACAAAUGUGCACCUGAUGUGUCACUGACGUGUGACAUAUGUUUAACAAGUCUUAUUUGUUACUUCAGAUUCCUGCUAACAAUUACAGCUAAGAAAUCCCCAUGAGACAAUUUUAUUUCAUCGCUUUAAUAACAUUGAAGAGUCACAACAUAUAUACGUCCAAACUGGAAUAAAAUAACUGGUCUUACAUUAUCUGACUUCAUUCCUAAUACGUACAGGUCAAAGAUAGCCGCUCGGAUAUGACAUAUCUUAAAUAAAUCCUCAAUACAUUGCAAGAGCACCUUCUCCAUUCAAAUCUACAUCUCUGCUUCCUUCCUCCCUCUCUCUCUCUCUCUCUCUCUCUGCGCAUGACAUCAAAAUCAUCAUUGUAAUACUUAAAAUAACAAAACCAAAUAUUUCUAUAAAGAUAGAGCUGUUACAUUUCCAAGGGAAAAAAAUUAAUUAUACAUCACUAUUAUAGGCCCUGUUUUUUUAACGAGGCAUAUUUUUAUAUACAGUAAUUCUUGCAUCCUGAAAUAUGUUUCAUAUUUAUGCAGCAUUGUGAUUUUAGAAAAGAUAAGUUCUCAGAAACUUUUGUAAUACAAUUUACCAAGCUAUUUAUAUCCACUGAAAAUACUUUCAAAACUAAUUUAAUUUAAAAAUAAUUUGUACACACGAGAAUGUUGUUUAUUAAAAUGUUAGAAUUGAAAUGAUUUCCUUCCUAAACCUUUGCUCUACUUUCUGCUCUUCUUUCCCCACACUCCCCUUUUUUUUCUUUCUAGACACACCAUUUGGUUACAAUUUGUUAACAAAUGUUUUUGAUUUUCUACUUUAAAGCUAAGAUCUAAAUAACAUUAUAUGAACUGACUUGUCGUCUUGUACUCUAUGAUUAGAAAUUGCGACUCCUGCCCUGUUCUCAUUGCUACCACACACGCUGUGUUGACCCAUGGCUAGUGAACAACAGAACUUGCCCCUUGUGUAAACUCAACAUUAUAGGUACGUCUUGGGACAUCCUCUUAUAG